AUGGCUCCGACAUUUACCGUUCGGAAGGCGUCUACCGCCUUGGGCGACGGUGGGCGUAUUCUGAAGUUUCUCGACUCCCAAAUACCGUAUCUUGCGCAGCUCGGAGCAGAAGGGCAAUGGGGCUCUACGCUUCUCAGCACCAAAGGAGAAUCGCUCGACAAAUAUCGGGCGAAGGUAGAGCAUAGCGAAGCGGGUCACACGUGGAGCCAAGACUGGAUCCAGAUACACAUCGCAGAAGCCAACGGAUCGACUGCGGAUCCCGAGACAACUGGCGGAUCAGAUGACAUCAAAUCGCAAUUGCUGCCGGUCGCGGCUAUGAUACUCUCGGGAAGUUCCCCAGAAUACGCCCAAGCUGUGGUACCUUUACAGGAUGAGAGGGACCCAUUUCUAUACGUCUCAUUGGUUGUCACUGACAGGAAUGCCGGACUUCUGAGCAAGGGCUCGGGCGAGGUACUUCUCGAUCAAGCAAAGCAUGUCGCCAACGAAUUGGGCCUGCGUAGGCUUUGUCUUGAUUGCUGGAAUGGAAAUGGACGCCGACUUGUGAAAUAUUACGAGUCUAGGGGGUUUCACGCGAUUGGUGACUUUGUUGACCCGGAAGAUGGCUGCUCGACUAUCCACGGUGGUCAACCCAGGCAUUCGCCAACCAUGUAUCAGGAGGYAGAACGGAACAGGGAAUAA